CAGAGACGAAUCAAAUGAGUUCAAUGAGAGCAAUAGCAUCCUCCCCAUCCCAACAAUGGGACUCCAAACUCCAAACCCAUCUCCCAAACCAAUCCAACAAACUAACCAACACCAACCCAAAUCAGCUCCUAUUCAAAACCACAAGACACCCACUUCCCUGCUUCUCCCUAGACUCAUCAAAAUCCCAAACCCCAUUUACCCCAAUCACCCCAACAGCCCCACCUCUUGUGGUGGUGGGCUCAGCCAAUGCAGACAUCUAUGUUGAGAUUGAGAGGCUCCCCAAGGAGGGUGAGACCAUCUCAGCCAAAACUGGCCAGACCCUGGCUGGGGGCAAAGGAGCCAACCAGGCUGCCUGUGGUGGCAAGCUGGCCUACCCAACCUACUUUGUGGGCCAGGUGGGCCAGGAUGCCCAUGGGAAACUGGUCACUGAGGCCCUCAGGGGUGGUGGGGUCCAUCUGGAUCACCUGGCUAGUGUGGGUGGUGCACCCACUGGGCAUGCUGUGGUGAUGUUGCAGGGUGAUGGGCAGAACUCUAUAAUCAUUGUGGGAGGUGCCAAUAUGAGCUGCUGGCCUGAGAAGCUGAGUGAUGAGGAUUUGAGGGUUGUGAGGAGUGCUGGGAUUGUUUUGCUUCAGAGGGAGAUUCCUGAAGAGGUCAACAUUCAGGUUGCAAAGGCUGCCAAGAGUGCGGGUGUACCAGUUAUUUUGGAUGCCGGAGGAAUGGAUGCACCAAUUUCCCAGGAGCUAUUGAGCUAUGUUGAGAUUUUUAGCCCGAAUGAAACUGAGCUUGGUCGUUUGACAGGAAUGCCAACCGAAAGCUUUGAACAGAUUAGUAAUGCUGUGGCGAAAUGCCAUAAGAUGGGUGUUAAACAAGUCCUAGUAAAACUUGGGGACAAAGGAUCUGCUCUAUUCAUAGAAGGAGAAGAGCCUCUUAAACAACCCAUCAUAUCUGCCACUAAAGUCCUUGAUACUACUGGAGCCGGUGAUACAUUUACCGCCUCUUUUGCGGUUGCUUUCGUGGAAGGGAAGUCCAAAAAGGAAUGCCUGAAAUUUGCAGCUGCGGCCGCUUCUCUUUGUGUUCAAGUGAAGGGUGCCAUUCCUAGCAUGCCCGAGAGGAAAUCAGUUUUGAAACUUCUUCAAUCUGUUUCAGGAUAGCAUUGUAUCUAUCAUCUAAGAUAGAGAUAGAGUUGAUAAGUUUUCAAGAUGCUUGUUCAUAUAAUAAAUGCUUCUUUCAUCUUCAUUCGACUCUA